GCAGAGGAAGUAAAUCCCAAGGCCUAUCCUUUGGCCAGUCCAGAACUUACGACCAAAAUUAUCGAGCUCGUGAAGCAGGCAGCAUCCUACAAGCAAUUAAAAAAGGGAGCCAAUGAAGCCACUAAAGCACUGAACCGCGGCAAGGCCGAAUUUAUCGUAAUGGCCGCUGACACUAAUCCAAUUGAGAUCGUCCUUCACCUUCCUUUGCUAUGUGAAGAUAAGAACGUUCCCUACGUGUUUAUCUCAUCACAACAAGCUCUUGGUCGUGCUUGCGGUGUUUCACGGCCAGUCAUCGCUGUGGCCGUCACAGACAGUGAAGGCUCUCAACUGAAACCUCUCGUCACCAAUAUACAGCUAAGCAUUGAGAAGCUCCUCAUAUAA